AUUUGAACUUGCUCUGUUCUCCAAUUUCAGAUCAAUGCCCUGCUUUCGAUAUUCGAUUCUAUAGCUUUACUUAAUUGAAUUUCCGAAGAUGGCACCGCAAAUAAGUUGAUUGUUCCUCAAACAACUCCUUUAUGAACCUACAAAUUGCAUUAGUGUCUGAUUUUGGUAAUCUUAAUGCAAAACAAUCUUAUAGUAUAAUGGCGUCACACAUUGUUGGAUACCCUCGCAUGGGCCCCAAGAGAGAGCUAAAGUUUGCUUUGGAAUCAUUCUGGGAUGGGAAAAGCAGCGCCGAGGAUUUGCAAAAGGUGUCUGCUGAUCUCAGGUCUUCCAUCUGGAAGCAAAUGUCCGAUGCUGGGAUCAAGCACAUCCCCAGCAACACUUUCUCAUACUAUGAUCAGGUGCUUGACACCACUGCACUGCUCGGUGCUGUUCCAGCGAGAUAUGGUUGGAAUGGUGGUGAGAUUGGAUUUGACACCUACUUCUCCAUGGCCAGAGGAAAUGCAUCUGUACCUGCUAUGGAAAUGACCAAGUGGUUUGACACCAACUACCAUUUCAUUGUCCCUGAGUUGGGACCUGAUGUGAAGUUCUCUUAUGCUUCUCACAAGGCAGUCGAUGAAUACAAGGAGGCUAAGGCGCUUGGAGUAGAUACUGUUCCUGUCCUUGUUGGCCCUGUGUCCUACUUGUUGCUGUCUAAACCUGCGAAGGGUGUUGAGAAGAACUUCCCUCUUCUCUCCCUUCUCGGCAAAAUCCUUCCUAUUUACAAGGAAGUGAUAUCUGAGCUUAAAUCAGCUGGUGCUUCCUGGAUUCAGUUUGAUGAGCCUACCCUUGUGAUGGAUCUUGAUUCUCACAAAUUGAAAGCAUUCACCGAGGCCUACUCUGAACUGGAGUCAUCUUUGUCUGGCUUGAAUGUUCUCAUCGAGACCUACUUUGCCGAUAUUCCUGCUGAGGCAUACACGACACUCACUUCUUUGAAGGGUGUCACUGCUUUUGGAUUUGAUUUGGUCCGUGGAAGUAAGACCCUUGAUUUGAUCAAGGGUAAAUUCCCUAAGGGUAAAUACCUCUUUGCUGGAGUCGUUGAUGGAAGGAACAUUUGGGCCAAUGAUCUUGCUGCUUCUCUUGGUACAUUAAAGGCUCUUGAGGGCAUUGUGGGCAAAGAUAAACUUGUGGUCUCUACCUCCUGCUCGCUUCUCCACACUGCUGUUGAUCUGAUUAAUGAGACUAAGCUGGACAAGGAAAUCAAAUCAUGGCUUGCUUUUGCAGCACAGAAAGUUGUUGAAGUGAAUGCAUUGGCUAAGGCAUUGGCUGGUCACAAGGAUGAGGCAUUCUUCUCUGCUAAUGCUGCAGCUCUGGCAUCAAGGAAGUCGUCCCCAAGGGUGACAAAUGAGGCUGUUCAGAAAGCUGCUGCUGCUUUGAAGGGUUCUGACCACCGGCGUGCCACAAAUGUGAGUGCCAGACUGGAUGCUCAACAGAAGAAGCUCAACCUUCCAAUUCUCCCAACCACCACCAUUGGGUCCUUCCCCCAGACCAUUGAACUCCGAAGGGUCCGUCGUGAGUACAAGGCCAAGAAGAUCUCCGAGGAUGAAUAUGUUAAGGCCAUCAAGGAGGAAAUUAACAAAGUUGUCAAGCUCCAAGAAGAACUUGAUAUUGAUGUUCUGGUUCAUGGAGAGCCUGAGAGGAACGACAUGGUUGAGUACUUUGGGGAACAGUUGUCAGGUUUUGCCUUUACUGUCAAUGGGUGGGUGCAAUCUUAUGGAUCUCGUUGUGUGAAGCCACCCAUCAUCUAUGGUGAUGUGAGCCGUCCCAAUCCAAUGACCGUAUUCUGGUCCUCUGCAGCUCAGAGCAUGACUGCCCGCCCAAUGAAAGGAAUGCUUACGGGACCUGUCACCAUUCUCAACUGGUCCUUUGUCCGUAAUGACCAGCCCAGACAUGAGACUUGCUAUCAGAUAGCUUUGGCCAUCAAGGACGAAGUGGAGGAUCUUGAGAAAGCUGCUAUCAAUGUUAUCCAAAUCGACGAGGCUGCUUUGAGAGAGGGGCUGCCCCUUAGGAAAUCUGAGCAAUCUUUCUACUUGGAUUGGGCUGUUCACUCCUUCAGGAUCACCAACUGUGGUGUCAAGGACACUACCCAGAUCCACACCCACAUGUGCUACUCCAACUUUAACGACAUCAUCCACUCGAUUAUUGACAUGGAUGCCGAUGUGAUCACCAUUGAGAACUCCCGUUCCGAUGAGAAGCUCCUUUCGGUCUUCCGUGAGGGAGUCAAGUAUGGUGCUGGAAUUGGGCCUGGUGUCUAUGACAUCCAUUCUCCUAGAAUACCAUCAACUGAAGAGAUUGCUGACCGGAUUAACAAGAUGCUUGCUGUGCUUGAGACAAACAUCUUGUGGGUUAACCCUGAUUGUGGACUCAAGACUCGCAAAUACGCUGAAGUGAAGCCGGCUCUCAAAAAUAUGGUUGCUGCUGCCAAGCUUCUCCGCACUCAGCUUGCCAGUGCUAAGUGAAGCCGGCUCUCAAAAAUAUGGUUGCUGCUGCCAAGCUUCUCCGCACCCAGCUUGCCAGUGCUAAAUGAGGAGUCAUUUACAAGAGCGCUUUGAGUUUGAAUCUCGAAAAUCUAUCAGUUCUGAAUUGAGAAAAAAACAAAGAAAAAAAAAAAAAAAAGGAAGGAAAUUCCUGCUUUAUUGUUUGAAUAACUGUGUGAUGAAAUAUUUAGUAGGCCUAAUAUGCCCUUGAUAGCAAUUAUUUCUUCUCUUUUCUAAUAUUUUUGUAUUUUUGGGCUCUGCCCCUUAAUAUCUUUCAAAGGGCAUCAAACUGCCUGGUGUGCUUCAAUGGAUGAAAAAGAAAUGUCAUUGACAGUC